AUGGUUGGAAAACAUCAUCACACUUCACACAGACUCAGAUCCAAAACCCUAAUCUUCACACUUCUCCUCUUCUCCUUCUCUCUACUCGUCAUCCUCUACACCAUCUCUUCCUCAUCCCCACCCUCCAUCUCCUACCCGAACCCAACGGAGACGUCCUUCGUCGCCUCCCUCGAGCAAUUCCUAAUCCACAAAGCACCGAAACUCUCCUUUAAAGACGACACGGCACGUGUCGAGAGUGAUGAUGAUCUGAGAAAACUCGAUGAGAGAGAGAAUCGGUUGUUAAACGAAGACCCUAACCGGUUUCCGGUUAAGGUGUACGUGUACGAGAUGCCAAAGAAGUUCACUUUUGAUCUCCUCUGGUUGUUUCGCAAUACUUACAAAGAGACUUCUAAUGCCACUUCUAACGGUAGCCCUGUCCAUCGCCUUAUCGAGCAGCAUUCUGUUGAUUAUUGGCUCUGGGCUGAUUUGAUCUCUCCUGAAUCCGAGAGGCGUUUGAAGAGUGUUGUGAGGGUUCAUAAGCAGGAGGAAGCUGACUUUUUCUAUGUUCCGUUUUUCACUACUAUCAGCUUUUUCUUGUUGGAGAAGCAGCAAUGCAAAGCACUCUAUAGGGAAGCUUUGAAGUGGGUUACUGAUCAGCCUGCUUGGAAAAGAUCUGAGGGAAGGGAUCAUAUUUUUCCUAUUCACCAUCCCUGGUCUUUCAAGUCUGUUCGCAAAUCUGUGAAAAAUGCAAUCUGGCUUUUACCAGAUAUGGACUCCACUGGGAACUGGUAUAAGCCUGGUCAAGUCUCACUAGAGAAAGACUUGAUUCUUCCUUAUGUUCCUAAUGUUGAUAGAUGUGAUGCCAAAUGCUUGUCAGAAAGUGCACCAAAGAGGACGACUCUUCUUUUCUUCCGAGGCCGGCUUAAGAGGAAUGCUGGAGGUAAAAUACGCGCCAAGCUUGGUGCAGAACUAAGUGGUGUCAAGGAUAUAAUCAUCACUGAGGGGACUGCCGGAGAGGGAGGGAAAUUGGCAGCUCAGAGCGGCAUGCGUAGAUCCUUAUUCUGUUUGUGUCCUGCUGGUGACACACCAUCCUCGGCGAGAUUGUUUGAUGCCAUUGUUAGUGGCUGUAUACCUGUUAUAGUCAGUGACGAGUUGGAACUUCCUUUUGAAGGAAUACUUGAUUACAAGAAGGUUGCUGUGAUAGUUUCUUCUAAUGAUGCAAUACAGCCAGGGUGGCUUGUCAAUCAUCUGAGAAGCCUUAUACCUUCCCAAGUCAAGAAAUUACAGAAUAGCCUUGCUCAGUACUCGCGGCAUUUCGUAUAUUCCAGUCCUGCUCAGCCAUUAGGUCCAGAGGAUCUGACAUGGAGAAUGAUGGGAGGAAAGCUGGUGAACAUCAAGCUUCACACGAAGAGGUCACAACGUGUUGUGGAAGGAUCUAGGAGUAUUUGCAGAUGCGAUUGCUGGAGGCCUAACUCUACUACAGCCUCCAAUUCCUUGAGUCCUCUCUUGUCUUAA